UGACGUAAUUGCCCGGGAGCCGUGGGAGGAGGCGCCAUUUCACGCCCCUAACCAGCCGAGAGCGACCGGCAGGCAGUCACCUGGAAGGCGAACAGUCCGUCGCUUCAUCCGCAGUGGGCGUCGCAUCACCCGGCCCGUCGCAUUUCUCUUGCCCGCUUCGAGUCAUGGAAGUGCCGGGAGAGCAGGCCUCUCCUGUCACGAGCGGCUCCGUGUAAAGCCUGGAGUUUUGACAGCUAACGCUAGCUAGUAUGUGAGCUAGCCUCUCCGACGUCUGUCGGCUAUACGGAUCCCAUCCCUGCCCCGGGGUUGGGGUGGGACACUUUUUGAUUGUUUGUUUGUUUAAUUGUGGUUGGGAAUUCACCUUCCGGUUCCACCACCGACUCAUCGCACUUCCUUCCAAUUAUUUUGGUCGAAAGCAAGGCGAAGGAAGACACAAUUUGGCUGCGUUGGCGACGGCUGUCCAAGUGAACGGAUGCGUGAGGACAUGUCCGCCGUGAUGUGCGUGAAGGCGGAGGAGGAGCCCGGCGAGAAGCUGUCCCAGGAUGAGAUCAUCUCGCGCACCAAGCAGGUGAUCCAGGGCCUGGACGCCCUGAAGCAGGAGCACCACGCCAUCCUGGACGGCCUGCUGGGCACGCUGCGCUGCCUCAAGCAGGAUGAGGAAGGCGUGCUGGUGGAGGAGAAGUCGCACAUGAUCCGCAAGUCGCUGGAGAUGCUGGAGCUGGGACUGAGCGAGGCCCAGGUGAUGAUGGCGCUCUCCGCCCACCUGAGCUCGGUGGAGUCGGAGAAGCAGAAGCUGCGGGCUCAGGUGCGGCGCCUGUGCCAGGAGAACCAGUGGCUGCGCGACGAACUGGCCGGCACCCAGCAGAAGCUGCAGAAGAGCGAGCAGAGCGUGGCGCAGCUGGAGGAGGAGAAGAAGCACCUGGAGUUCAUGAACCAGCUCAAGAAGUACGACGAGGACCUGUCCCCUUCGGAAGAGAAGGACUCGGAGUCAAGCAAGGAGACUCUGGAUGAUCUCUUCCCGGAUGAUCAUGACGACCAGGCGCAAGGCAUCCAGCCGGUCCACGGCAGCGCGGCGGCGGCCGCCGCCCAACAAGGCGGCUACGAGAUCCCGGCCCGCCUGCGGACGCUCCACAACCUGGUGAUCCAGUACGCCUCGCAGGGCCGCUACGAGGUGGCCGUGCCGCUCUGCAAGCAGGCCUUGGAGGACCUGGAGAAGACGUCGGGACACGACCACCCGGACGUGGCCACCAUGCUCAACAUCCUGGCCCUCGUGUACAGAGAUCAGAACAAGUACAAGGAGGCCGCCAACCUGCUGAAUGACGCGCUGGCCAUCAGGGAGAAGACGCUGGGCCGGGACCACCCUGCUGUCGCCGCCACGCUCAACAACCUGGCGGUGCUGUACGGCAAGAGGGGCAAGUACAAAGAGGCGGAACCGCUGUGCAAGCGAGCGCUGGAGAUAAGAGAGAAGGUGCUGGGCAAGGACCACCCGGACGUGGCCAAGCAGCUCAACAACCUGGCCCUGCUGUGCCAGAACCAAGGCAAGUACGAGGAGGUGGAGUACUACUACAUGCGGGCGCUGGAGAUCUACCAGACCAAACUGGGACCUGAUGACCCCAACGUGGCCAAAACCAAAAACAACCUGGCCUCCUGUUACCUCAAGCAGGGCAAAUUCAAGGAGGCCGAGACGCUCUACAAAGAAAUCCUCACACGGGCCCACGAGAGGGAGUUUGGCUCUGUAGACGGUGAGAACAAACCCAUUUGGAUGCACGCCGAGGAGCGGGAGGAACAAAGCAAGGGCAAGCAAAAGGACGGCACGCCUUUCGGAGAGUACGGCGGCUGGUACAAAGCUUGCAAAGUCGACAGCCCCACCGUCACCACCACCCUGAAGAACCUGGGCGCGCUCUACAAGCGGCAGGGCAAGUUCGAGGCGGCCGAGACGCUGGAAGAGGCCGCCAUGCGUUCCAGGAAGCAGGGUCUGGACACGGCGCACAAGCAGCGCGUGGCCGACGUGCUGGGCGAGCCCGAGGCCCGCGAGAAGCAGCGCAGCCGCGAGAGCUUGAACUCCGACACGGUCAAGUACGAGAGCGGGCCCGACGGCGGCGAGGAAGUGAGUAUGAGCGUGGAGUGGAACGGGGACGGCUCCGGCGCGCUGAAGCGCAGCGGCUCCUUCAGCAAACUGCGAGCGUCGCUCCGCCGCAGCAGCGAGAAGUUGGUGCGCAAGCUCAAAGGCGGCGGUAGCGGCGGCGGCGAGCCCAAAAACCCCGGCUUGAAACGAGCCAGCUCACUCGGUGUUCUGAACGUGAGCCGGGAGGCAGCGCCAAGUGAGAAUGAUGACCAAGAACCAAAUCAUCGUUUGAGGAAAAGUCGUGACCUGAGCGCCAGCCACGCCGACCUGGCGCGUUGACGCCCGCUACCACGGCACGUCGUCACGCGCUGCUUAACUACUAGUAAAUAUGACAUUUUACACUUUGGGUCCAAGCUUGCGGGUGGGCGCAACAUGGCUGCUGUAGCCCCUGAGGUCUAUUUCCAUGUCACUCUCGGACUCUUUACCGUCACACUCGAUAACGUACCAGACUAGCGCCACGAUUUAAAAAAAAAACAACGAAUUGGUAGGACUUUCUUUGCAAAUGACGAUAGUUGGCCAGCGGGCACAUGAAGAUGACGGACACAUGCUCCUUGUUGUCCUCUCACGCACUGACUUGUUACUUUCCAGGAGAAAGGUGAUUUCAAAGAAAUACAUAACCGGGAACAAAAAAAUGCAAGUUACACGUCUUGUCGUUCAACAGGCGGCACAAAAAAAAAAAAAUGCAAUUACAGCAAAAAGUUUUAGAAGUGAACAUUUCACUU